AUGCUCCUGCUGCUGGGGCUGUGCUUGGGGCUGCGCCUCUGCGCGGGGUCGCAGGAGGAUGCACGGAGCUGGGGUGACACUUCGGAACAAGCUGGCCUUAGGGUCCCCAGGCAAGUGAGGCUGUUGCAAAGGCUGAAAACCAAGCCAUUGAUGACUGAAUUCUCAGUGAAGUCCACCAUCAUUUCUCGGUAUGCCUUCACGACAGUUUCCUGCAAAAUGCUGAACAGAGCUUCCAAUGACCAGGAGAUCGAGUUUCAGAUGCAGAUUCCAGCUGCGGCUUUCAUCACUAACUUCACCAUGCUAAUUGGAGACAGGGUGUAUCAGGGUGAAAUUGCAGAGAGAGAAAAGAAGAAUGGUGACAGUGUGAAAGAGAAAAGGAAUAAAACCUCAGAAGAGAAUGGGGAGAAGGGGACGGAAACCUUCCGAGCUGCCAUAGUCAUUCCCAGCAAGGACAAAGCCUCAUUCCUGUUAAGCUACGAAGAGCUGCUGCAGAGACGGCUGGGAAAGUAUGAGCAUGUGGUCAGCGUGCGCCCCCAGCAGCUGGUGGGGAGGCUCACGGUGGAUGUGACCAUUCUGGAGAGGUCAGGCAUCACGGAGCUGGAGGUGCUGCCCCUUCAGAACAGCAGGCAGAAGGGCAGUGGCCGGGCGGAAGAUGAUUCUGGACCUCCUCCUUCUACUCUUAUCAACCAAAAUGAAACAUUUGCUGAAAUUGUUUUUAAACCUAGUGUGGUACAACAAGCCAGAAUUGCCCAGAAUGGAGUUCUGGGAGACUUCAUCAUUCGAUAUGAUGUUAACAGGGAGCAGAGCAUUGGGGACAUCCAGGUUCUAAAUGGCUAUUUUGUGCAUUAUUUUGCUCCUAAAGACCUUCCUCCUUUACCCAAGAAUGUGGUGUUUGUGCUUGACAGCAGUGCCUCCAUGGUAGGAGUCAAACUCCGGCAGACUAAAGAUGCCCUCUUCACUAUUCUCCAUGAUCUCCGACCCCAAGACCGUUUCAGUAUCAUUGGCUUUUCCAACCGAAUUAAAGUGUGGAAGGACCAGUUGAUCUCAGUCACUCCUAACAAUAUCAGGGAUGGCAAAAUCUAUAUUCAUCAUAUGUCACCCACUGGAGGCACAGAUAUCAACGGGGCCCUUCAGACAGCCAUCAGGCUCCUCAACAACUACGUGGCCCAUAAUGACAUCGAAGACCGGAGCGUCUCCCUUGUCAUCUUCCUCACAGAUGGGAAACCCACUGUUGGGGAGACCCACACCCUCAAGAUUCUCAAUAACACCAAGGAGGCAGCCCGCGGUCAGGUCUGCAUCUUCACCAUUGGCAUUGGGAACGACGUGGACAUUAAACUGCUGGAGAAACUGUCCCUGGAGAACUGUGGUCUCACGCGGCAUAUCCACGAGGAGGAGAAUGCUGGUGCACAGCUCAUUGGCUUCUAUGAUGAGAUCAGGACACCGCUCCUCUCCGACAUCCGCAUGGACUAUCCCCCUGGCCUAGUGGAACACGCCACCAAAACCCUGUUUCCCAACUACUUCAACGGCUCAGAAAUCAUCAUUGCUGGGAAACUAACAAACCAGAAGUUGGAUCACUUGCACGUGGAGGUCACAGCCAGCAACAGUAAGAAGUUUGUCAUCCUGAAAAAGGACGUGCCCGUGGGGCCCCAGAAGGUGGAGAGUGAUGUCACAGGGAGGCCCGUGGCUGAUGCGGAUGGCAAAAAGGGCUCCAAUCACAUUGAGCGCCUUUGGAGCUAUCUCACGCUGAAGGAGCUGCGGAGCUCAUGGUUGCAGAGCAGUGAUGAGCAGGAGAGAGAGCGGCUGAGGCAGCAGGCCCAGGCUCUGGCGGUCAACUAUCGCUUCCUCACCCCCUUCACCUCCAUGAAGCUGAGGAAGUCAGCCCUUCGCGUGGACGGGCUGGAGGACACCCAUGGCAUGUCGGCUGCCAUGGGACCGGAAACAGUGAUGCAGAACUUGCGAGGAGGUGGUGCGCAGUCAGCGUCUACACUGAAGAAGCCGUUUGACCCAAGAAUUAAAAUCUCUAAAACAUCAGUGGAUGGGGAUCCUCACUUCGUGGUGGAUUUCCCCUUGAGCAAGCUCACAGUGUGUUUUAACAUUGAUGGAGAACCUGGGGACAUCCUGCGGCUAGUCUCUGACCACAUGAAUUCUGGUGUGACAGUGAAUGGAGAGUUGAUUGGGGCCCCUGCUCCUCCCAACGGCCACAAGAAGCAACGCACUUACUUCCGCACCAUCACGAUCCUCAUCAAUAAGCCAGAGCGGUCUUAUCUGGAGAUCACGCCAAGCAGAGUCAUCUUGGAUGGUGGAGACAGGCUUGUCCUCCCUUGCAACCAGAGUGUGGUGGUGGGGAGUCGAGGGCUGGAGGUGUCUGUGUCUGCUAAUGCCAAUGUCACAGUCACCAUCCAGGGCACCAUAGCCUUUGCCAUCCUCAUCCACCUCUACAAAAAGCCUGCGCCCUUCCAGCGAAACCACCUGGGUUUCUACAUCUCCAACAGCAAAGGCCUUUCCAGCAGCUGCCAUGGACUGUUAGGUCAGUUUUUGAACCAGGAUGCUAAACUCUCAGAGAGCCCUGCAGGGCUCAGCAAGAAUCUCACGGUUUCUCCACACCCUCAGGCAGAAGGGAAGCCUGAGGCCAUCCUGAAAGUGAAAGGGCAUAAAGUACCUGUGGUUUGGAAACAAAGGAAGAUCUACAAUGGAGAAGAGCAGAUAGACUGCUGGUUUGCCAGGAACAAUGCAGCCAAACUGAUCGACGGGGAGUACAAAGAUUACCUGGCUUCUCAUCCAUUUGACACAGGAACAGUCUUGGGGACAUCUAGGGGACUCUGA